AUGACUAAAAUUUGGCGGGAAACAUAGACGGCUGUCAUCCUGUGAAAAUGGUUGAGCAUCAGGAUAGUCAUCGCUAUUUUCUGCAAUGGUUUGUCGCACAGAGUUUGACAACAGAGCGUAAUGCUCGGCAAUUGCAUGAGAAGGCUUGCAACAAAUAUGACGUCCAUUAUGAUGCAGAUUCAUUUUCUGCAUUUAUUUCAAUCAUAAACAAGAAUCUCAAGCCAAUCUUCAUGGAAAUAAGACAUGGAAAAUCGGAAGAUGAUGGAACAUCAUAUUACGCACUGGUCAACUGUUCUGAAGAUGAGCAUUCUAAACUAGCAACCAGCUUCACUGCCAAUGAAAUUGCAUUUUUCAAAAGAGUUCUUGAAUCCAUUGUUUCAUCUGAUGAUGGCUACCUCCCCUCGAUGACUCUUGUGAAUCUCGGCUCUGAAUUGGAUGUGAAAAUAUCAGCAAGUGCCUCAGAGUCUCUGUUGACUAAAUUGGUGGAAGAAAAAUGGCUCACAGAGAUUGAUGGUGACUUUUCUUUAGGGCCCCGGACACUAAUAGAAUUGAGUAUGUACUUGAAAAAUAUUUACAAUGAAGAGAUCCCAGACUGCAAAAUGUGCAUGCAUAUUGUGAUCAAGGGUCAAACAUGUGCAAACUGUGGGGUUAGAAUUCACUUGUAUUGUGCUGCCAGGUUUUUCAAAGGAAGGGAUCUUGAUGCAAGGAAGUGUCCUGGGUGCCAAGCAAAUUGGCUCCAUGAGGUCCCAAGAAUAAGAAACCAAAGAGAGACAACGAAUACAUCUACCAACAGUGACCCAGAGCCAGGAAGUUCAGGACUUAUUCAUGAAAUGCAAAGAGCUGGCAGAACUCGCACCAAACGAACAUCAAGAUGAAACAACUAAUAUAGGGCUUAUACACACCAUUUUCUUGAAACAUUUGCUAUUAUUUAAAUACCUCCAAUCCAAUGAAAGGUUUUUUUCUAAAUGUGAUUAGGAAAACAAUGCAUCAAACAUCCCACUUUGACGUGAGCAUACAUAGGUGGAAAA